GAGAUAGUCGAGAAAAGAAAAAAUGAUAUAAUUUAAGGAAGUAAAAAUUUUCCAAAUUUUUGCUAUGUCGAUCGAUUUGAGAUUUGUGAACGGUAAACGGGUGUACGAUCGCGUGCAUUCUUAUAGGGAAGAAUACGUAUACGGCAUUUUUAUGAGUGGUUCUCCUCGAAAAAUACUAGUUCUCUUUCCUCGUGUAUGUAUAUUACAUACACGGAAAGAUACAGAUGCAUCGUAUGCACGAAUGCAACAGGACAACGGAUGGGGAAGUCUCGAAGAGAACAUGUAGGUAUAUAAAGCCUGAGAAAACCGAACUGGAUAUCAGUCUUCAACAUGUUGCGUCCACUGCAUUUCGUGCUGCUUUUGUUGGCGAUAACCUUUGUGGUAUCCGUGCCGAUGCCAGAACAAGUAGAUGAGAACAGACCGAGUAACUUAGCUGAAGAAAAUGAUUUAGAAGCCGACGCUAGCUUUUGGGGAUAUUCAAGACCAUGGAGAUACGGCUGGGGUGGCGGUUUAUACAACAGAGGAUGGGGUUGGGGUGGCAGAGGCUGGGGUGGCGGAUGGUACGGAAGAGGAUGGGGUGGCAGAGGCUGGGGAUGGUGGUAAAAUCAGAUGUUUAACGAACAAUCUGGAUUCGAUCACAUAAUUUUCAAUAUCAUAUGUAUAUCUUUGAAAUGUAGCAAAGCGAAUAAUGCAUAUUAUUAAGAAGCGUUCACGUUGCUUUUAGUUGAAAAAUGUAAAAGGAACAAAAACAAAAAUAACAUAUAAAAGAGAAUAAACUUUUUGCGAUUGAAA